GAUUAAAGACUCCAGGCGAUGCAGUAGUUCCUUUUUGUAUCAAACAAGCUCUUUGAUAGCAAUAAAACCAGUACUUGACAUGGUGUUUUUUUGGCGAGGAGGCCCGGAAGCCCGGCGCCUGCUGCUCUCGCUUCUGCUCCUCGCAGCCUGGGAGGCCGGGCGCGGCCAGGUGCGCUACUCGGUCCCCGAGGAGGCCAAGCACGGCGCCUUCGUGGGCCGCAUCGCGCAGGACCUGGGGCUGGAGCUGGCGGAGCUGGUGCCGCGCCUGUUCCGCGUGGCGCCCAAGGGCCGCGGGGACCUUCUGGAGGUGAAUCUGCAGAAUGGCAUUUUGUUCGUGAAUUCUCGGAUCGACCGCGAGGAGCUGUGCGGGCGCAGCGCGGAGUGCAGCAUCCACCUGGAGGUGAUCGUGGAGAGGCCCCUGCGGGUUUUCCACGUGGAGGUGGAGGUGACGGACAUUAACGACAACCCGCCCGUGUUCCCGAGAACACAAAAGAACCUGUUCAUCGCGGAAUCCAGGCCGCUGGACUUUCGGUUUCCACUAGAGGGCGCCUCGGAUGCAGAUAUCGGGGAGAACGCUCUGCUCACCUACAGGCUGAGCCCCAAUGAGUACUUUUCCCUGGACGCACCAACCAGCGACGACCAGGUAAAACCUCUUGGACUUGUAUUGCGGAAACCUUUAGACAGGGAGGAAACUCCAGAGAUUUCUUUAGUGCUCACGGCCACUGAUGGCGGCAAACCUGAGCUGACUGGCACCGUUCAGUUGCACAUCACGGUGCUGGACGCCAAUGACAACGCCCCAGCUUUCGACAGGACACUCUAUGCGGUGAAAUUACCAGAAAAUGUUCCCAAUGGAACGUUGGUAAUUAAACUUAAUGCCUCAGAUUUAGACGAAGGCUUGAAUGGGGAUAUUAUUUAUUCAUUCUCUAGUGAUAUUUCUCCAGAGGUAAAAUCUAAGUUCUAUAUAGAUCCCAUAGGUGGAGAAAUUGUAGCAAUAGGACAUAUCGAUUUCGAAGAAACUAAAGCCUACAAUAUUCGAGUAGAGGCGAUUGAUAGAGGCUACCUACCACUGGCUGGUCACUGUACAGUUCUUGUGGAAGUUGUGGACACUAAUGACAAUGCUCCAGAGUUGACUAUCACUUCCCUGUCUCUUCCUGUCUCAGAGGAUGCUCAGCCAGGCACAGUCAUAACCUUGAUUAAUGUGUCUGACCGAGAUUCUGGGGUCCACGGGCAAGUGACCUGCUCCCUAACACCUCAAGUUCCAUUCAAGCUGGUGUCCACCUUCAAGAAUUACUAUUCGCUGGUGCUGGACGGCGCCCUGGACCGCGAGAGCGUGGCGAACUAUGAGCUGGUGGUGACAGCGCGGGACGGGGGCUCGCCUUCACUGUCGGCCACAGCCAGCGUGUCCGUGGAGGUGGCCGACGUGAACGACAACGCGCCGGAGUUCGCGCAGCGCGAGUACACGGUGUUCGUGAAGGAGAACAACCCGCCCGGCUGCCACAUCUUCACGGUGUCGGCGCGCGACCGGGACGCGCAGGAGAACGCGCUGGUGUCCUACUCGCUGGUGGAGCGGCGGGCGGGCGAGCGCGCGCUGUCGAGCUACGUGUCCGUGCACGCGGAGAGCGGCCGCGUGUACGCGCUGCAGCCCCUGGACCGCGAGGAGCUGGAGCUGCUGCAGUUCCAGGUGAGCGCGCGCGACGCGGGCGCGCCGCCUCUGGGCAGCACCGUGACGCUGCAGGUGUUCGUGCUGGACGAGAACGACCACGCGCCCGCGCUGCUGCCGCCCGGGGCCGUGCUGCUGUCGCUGGUGGACGGCGGCCAGGCGCCCAAGGCCUCUGUGUCGGCGUCUGCGGGCGCCGCGGGCUCGGAGGCGGCGCUGGUGGACGUGAACGUGUACCUGAUCGUCGCCAUCUGCGCGGUGUCCAGCCUGCUGGUGCUCACGCUGCUGCUGUACACGGCCGUGCGGUGCUCGGCGGCGCCGAGCGGGGGCGCGUGCGGGCCGGGGCAGCCCAGGCUGGUGUGCCCGGGCGCGGGGGGCAGCUGGUCGGCCUCGCAGCAGAGGCGGCCGCGGGUGUGCUCUGGGGAGGGCGCGCCCAAGAUGGACCUCAUGGCCUUCAGCCCCAGCAUUCCUCCUCCAGGUCCCCCUGGAUCUGUAGUUGCAACGGGAGAUCCAGAAGCUUCUUUUGACUCCUCUGCGAAGGUAGGUUGCUCUUAUAUUUUA